GUCCCCCAGCUGCCUGACCACGCGCACUGACUGCUCUCACCGAUCCGAUCCGAUCCGAUCCGAUCCGAUCCGAUCCGAUCUCACGUGAGACGCUGGCCACCCCGGAGCAGCCCGGCUCACAGCGAGAGGCCGGGAGCUGCGUCUGAGCUGGAUGUGGCGCCGCUGGACUGAGUCGCCCUGCGUAGCACAAGGACAUUUCCAUGAGGAUGUCCAGAUGAGACCACGGUUGUAGCGAAAAGGAUGACCAGCUCCACCCUGGAGCUCAUCUACAGCCCGAAGUCUUCCAGCUACAUCACUCAGGUUCUGGCCACGCUGGCCGUCUCGAUGGGCCCGCUGGCGGUCGGGUUGGGCAAGGGCUACAGCUCGCCGGCGCUGGCCUCGCUGGCCGGGCCGGCGUCGCUGGGCGGCCUGGCCAUCUCGCCGGAGGAGGGCUCCUGGGUGGCCAGCCUGUCGCUGCUGGGCGCGCUGGUGGGCGGCCUUCCGGCGGGGCUGGCGCUGCGGCUGGGCCGGCGGCGCGUGCUGGCCGCCGUCGCGCUGCCGUUCGCCGGCGCCUGGUGGCUGGCCGCCGGCGCCGGCUCGGUGCGCGCGCUGUACGCGGCCGCCUUCGUCAGCGGCCUGUGCUCGGCCGUGGUCGCGCUCGUCACGCCCGUCUACGUCAGCGAGAUUGCGCAGCCGCGUGUGCGCGGCGGCCUCUGCGCCGUUACCAAGGUGGCCUCCAACGCGGGCAUGCUGCUGAGCUUCAGCCUCGGUGGCUUCCUCGACUGGCGGCAACUGGCGCUGGUCGCCUCGGCCGGACCGCUGCUGCUGGUGCUGGCCUGCUGUGCCGUGCCCGAGACGCCCAGCUUCCUGCUGUUCCGAGGCCGCGAGCGCGAGGCCCAGAAGUUCUCCGGCGUCAACGCCUUCAGCUUCUACGCGGUGCCGAUCCUGUCCAAGACGUUCGCGCGCACGAGCGCGCACGGCGCGGCGGUGGUGGUGUGCCUGCUCCAGAUCCUGGCCGGUCUCACCUCGGGCGUCCUGAUCGACACGGUCGGCCGGCUGCCGCUGCUGGCCGUCAGCAGCGCGCUCAUGUCGCUAGCGCUGGCCGGCUUCGGCACGUUCGUGUACGUGGUGGAUGCGAGCCAACUGCUGACGGACGGCCAGCAGGCGCCGCUCGACUGGAUCCCCAUGUCGUGCGUGCUCGUAUUUCAGGUGGCCUUCUCGCUGGGCGUCGGGCCCAUCUCAUGGCUGCUGAUUGGCGAGCUCUUCCCGCUGAGGCACCGCGGCCUCGGCGCGUUCGCCACCUCGGUCAGCUACGGCUGCGCGUUCGUCAGCGUCAAGACGUUCGUGGACCUGGAGCGAGCGCUGGGUCUGCACGGCGUGUUCUGGCUGUACGCGGCCGUCUCGGCGCUCUGCCUCGUCUUCGUGCUGGCGUGGGUGCCGGAGACACGCGGCAAGGAGCUCCCGGAGAUGGAGAGGACCGGCUGCUGA